AUCAUUCCUCCCACAUCACGAAUCCACACCGCUAUGUCCGCCCCGCCGAAGCUGGCGCCCGCCGAGGCCUACGAGCUCAUCACGCGCGACCUGCACGAGGUCCUCGGCGCCGAGCCCUUGCGUGCGCUGCUCGACAAGCAGGAGCGUCCCGUGCGUGCUUACUGGGGCACGGCGCCCACGGGCCGCCCGCACGUCGGCUACCUCGUGCCGCUGGCCAAGAUUGCAGACUUUCUCACGGCGGGCGUCGAGGUCAAGGUGCUGCUGGCCGACGUGCAUGCCUUCCUCGACAAUCUCAAGGCGCCCAUCGAGCUCGUCCGUCAUCGCGUCGUCUACUACCGCAUGCUUCUCACGACUGUGCUCCAGUCGAUCGGCGUGCCCGUCGAGCGGCUCACCUUCGUCGUCGGCUCGAGCUUCCAAUUGAGCGCGGCGUACAACAUGGACGCCUACCGCCUCGCCGCCAGCACGACGGAGCACGACGCGAAAAAGGCGGGCGCGGAAGUCGUCAAGCAGGUCUCCAGCCCGCUGCUUAGUGGCCUCCUCUACCCCGGCCUGCAGGCCCUCGACGAGCAGUACCUCGACGUCGACUUUCAGUUUGGCGGCGUGGACCAGCGCAAGAUCUUCACCUUUGCCGAGGCCGUGCUGCCCAAGCUGGGCUACGCCAAGCGUUCGCAUCUCAUGAACCCCAUGGUGCCGGGGCUCAAGGGCUCCAAGAUGUCCUCGUCCGACGCCGGCUCCAAGAUCGAUUUCCUCGACGAGCCUUCGGCGAUCCGCAAGAAGAUCAAGGACGCGGCGUGCGUCGAGGGCGUCGUCGAGGACAAUGGCGUGCUGGCCUUCACAAAGGCCGUGCUGCUGCCUCUUGCGCGCCUGCGCUUCGAGUCGGGCGCAAGCGGCGCCGCAGGCGUGCAUGCGUCUGCCCCGCCCGGAACGCUCUUCUCCAUCAUGCGCGACGACAAGUUUGGCGGCCCGGCACACUACAAGGAGUACAGCGCCCUCGAGGCCGACUUUGCCAGCAAGGCACUGCACCCCGGAGACCUCAAGAAGGGCGUGGCCGAUGCGAUCUGCCAGCUGCUCGAGCCCGUGCAGCGCGAGUUUGAGCAGAAUGAAGAGUUCAGAAAGGCAGAGGCAGACGCGUACCCCAAGGAGCCCGAGCCGGUGAAGAAGAAGAAGGAGAAGAAGAGUGAGUUGCCAGCGCGACCCAAAGCUGGCACAUCUCGUGCCCAAGUCCGAGGGCGGCACGGGCCCCGAGCACGACGGCUCCGACGCGGCGGCACAGAUGGAGGGCGAUGCGCUCGCCGAGGGCGUCGCGCGGUUGGCCGUCGAGGAGGGCGCGGGGCCGAAGCCGUGAGAAUCCAAAAAGACGCACCCGCCAUUGCCUAGACACUGUGCGAUGCAAAGCGUGCCCCCAUCACACAGUGAGCCGGGGGGCGGGCAUGGUCUGGAUUGCGCAAGCCUAGAGCGGAGAGAAGGCAGACUAGUACUCUCCCUCAAUCUCGCUGUCCGACUCGUCGAGGCCGCGCACGAUGAGCGCUGUGCCGCCGCCGCCGCCGCCGCCGCCGCCGCCGCCGCCGCCGCCGCCCG